AUGGCGACAGAGGAGUCCGAGUUGUUGGCUCAAUUCCUUGGUAUCCCUACUUUCUCCAUAGAGCUAGAACAUGAGCCAAGCAUGUUCAUGCAAUCCUUGCUUUGGUCUGAUCAUGGAAUUGAUGCUUACUAUGGAUUUCAAGAUGUCAACACAAAUAUGUGCUAUUGGCCUAUGGAGAAUAGUUGUAAUUUUACUUCCUUGAGCAACUCAAACAAACAAAUUUCAGAAUAUGAAGGUUACUACAGCAACAUGGAGCCAAAUAUGAUGUCAACAAUAGGAAUAAGAUCGAAACCAAUACUAUUGUGCAUGGAAGAAGAUAAUAUCAACACCGCAUCGUAUAAGACAGAUCGAAGACAUCAUUUUGAUGAUAAGAAUUUCAUGAAUGAUGGUGAAGAUAUAGGAGGAAUUAAGAAAUCACAAGGAAAGAGAAAGAUUCAAGUUUGCGACUGUGCCGUUGAUUCCAUCAAUAUUCAGAGCUCUUCUAAGAAGAGAAUCCGAGCCUCGUGGCAGGAAGAAAAGAGUAGUGGUAAGAGUUCAAAAUCCAAGAAGGCUGAUGUGAAUGUUGAAGUUGGGGAAGAAGAAGUGGACAAUGCUUCUGCUCAUAUUGUGCAAAGUUCGAGCUGCUACAGCUCUGAAGAUGAGGCUAACACUUCACAAGAAUUGAAUGGAGGAGACGACACGAGCACAAGCACGAGCUUUAACGGAUCGAUGGUGUCUCUAAAUUCAAAUCGAAAGAAGAGAGCAGGUAGAGGAUCUGCAACUGAUCCACAGAGCCUGUAUGCAAGGGUAGACAUCAGCACAAUGUUGGAAGAAGCAAUUCAGUAUGUCAAGUUUCUGCAGGUUCAAAUCAAGCUUUUGAGCUCAGAUGAACUGUGGAUGUAUGCACCAAUAGCUUACAAUGGGAUAAACAUUGACCUUGAUCUGAAGAUGUCUCCAUUGAAAAUUGGCUAA